CAACAAAACCACCACUGACCAAAACCAACCAACCAACAACCAACCAAAAAAAACCACCAUCGACUAUCGAAUAUCGCAAAACUCUCAUGUCAAACCGAGAAGCUCAUCACCAGUCUGGCCUACAACCACUCUCUCAAUCCUUCUUCAACUCACACUAUCAGCAACAACAACAACAACCAUCAACAUCACAACAGCAUCAACAUCAAAACGAGGCAUCGAAUAGCUAUCACCAUCCAACUACCAACACAGGACCAUCACUCUCCCGAUUCCUAUCUACAUCAAUCAUCAAUCCGAUCUACAGAUCAAGACUAUUCCCAUCAACUGUCUCAGAAAACCCGCUCUUCUACUCAACCAGAGAGGGAUACGAGAACAGCUUAGAGGAUGAGAACGAUGAUAUCCUACCAGAUCAAGAUGACCAUCGACUCCUUCAGCAGCUCCACUCAGAUCGAACCAGGAACCCAAGAGGGAUCGAUGAAGGACUCGAGGAUGACGAGUUAUCAUUUGAGCACCACCAGUCAACCUCACAAGGCAAACAGAGAGGCCCAUCAACCAGCCACAUUAACCUCAUCAACUCGGGGCCCUUAGAUCGUCUCCAGAACCACUUUCAUCAAUCACAUCAGCAGACCGAACAGGAGGAUGAUGAAGACCCAUUCUACGAGCAUCAGGAUCUGAUCAGCAGCCACCACCAUCCGACACUACCUGAGGACCGUUUCGAGCCCCCACUGCCUCGCCAUCUCAUGGCCUCACACGCACUCUCCAACCUCAUCGCCUCCGAAAUCUCGUACGGAAACCAUUACAUCCAAUCCGUCCAGAAUCACCAAACAAAUUACUCGGAUAAUCCGCAGAAUCCCGUCGGAUGGAAGAUGUACCAAUCUCUCGGCCCUGGCUCGAUUCUCGCACCACCACCACCACCGCCCCCGCCCUCUCUGCAGAAACCGCCAGCCGCCGGUCCUUCAUCCACCUCCCACAACGAAUCUGCCCCUCCUUCCCAGCCGAUUCCUGAGCCGCGAAUGAGCCCCUCCGAGCUGACUGAACGACCUCCGGCACGACAGGCUGACCGGCCGGUGAACUCGGGCGUCGAGGGAACCCCAGAGGCCUAUCCGAUGGCGCCGAACGAAUACGCGGACGGACAACCGACGGUGUACAUCUAUCCGACCGAGGCGCGAGAUAUAGGCUCGGACGUCUCUGGCCAGUCCUCGCUGGGCCCACAGAGCUAUCGGGACUCGUUCUGGAUCGGCGCCUGGUUGAGCUCGUUACUGUACGCCUUCGGGGAGGCCCUGUUUGUUUUCUUCGGUUCCUCGGGACAACCGCAGUCUGAGGAGGGGGAUCCGAGAGCGGGGAAGAUGGCGGGCCUGGCCAAGGGUCUGCCGAUUCUCGCCCUGCUGAUCACGAUGACGUUCGGGAUUAGUGUGGGAUCGAUGAGUCUGUUGAUGCUCGUCAAACGGUCGAUCCGAUAUCUCGUGUAUGGGGCGAUGGUGGGCGUGCCGAGUGUGUUAGGGAUGGUGGGACUAUGGACGUGGACGGAGGCGGUGGCUGAUUCGGGGCGACGCGGGAUGGGCUGGGUGAGUGUGGCGACGGUGUGCACGGCAGGAGUAUGGAUGCGGAUGAUGUGGGUACAGCGGGGCCGGCUGGAGCGGACGAUCCAGGUGCUGACGCUGGCGGUGAGCGUGCUUGUGGCCCAUCCCAGUCUGGUGAUGGCCUCCGUCGGCCUGAGCAUGGCCUGCAUCCUCUCCAGCAUCCCCUUCCUCACCCUGAUCCUCAACCUUCUCCUCCGCAACGGCCCAGCCGCCCAACCUACCAUCUCCUCCUCCGCCGCCAUCCAUGCCCUCCUUGCCGGCUUCGUCUGGUCCUGGUCCCUCAACGUCCUUAGAAACCUCCAGCGGAUCAUCGUCGCCGGCGUCGUCUCUCAUUGGUACUUUAAUCGUCACUCCCCUCCUCCGACUACCAAAGAUCAACAUCGAAACGGCUACUCUUCCCUCGAUUCUACUUGCCAAUCUAUCUCCCGUGCAAUUGGCCCUUCAUUAGGAACAGUCUGUCUUGCCAGUUUCCUCUCGACGAUCUUCGACUCGGCCUCGAAAGUCUUCAAACUCCUUCACCGUCUCACCACUACCUCCACCAAUACUUCUUCUUCAUCGACUACUCCGCUGAGGAUCUUUUGGGGGUGCGCUAAUAAUCUGCUGCUCGGAUGGAUGAAAAUCUCGAUCGAUUUCUGGAAUCGGAUCUUCGACUUUAUGAGCUCUUUCACCCUGAUCUAUGCCGGGAUCACCGGCUUUAACUUCGUCGCUUCGUUCAGAAAAACUCAGGCUUUGGUUUUCAAACAGGCUCAAAUCGGUCUCUUCCAUAAUCUCUUGGUCAAAUCGAUCUUGAAUUUAAUCGCAUUAACAAUCAGCCUAACGAUCUCCUUAAUCGGCUACCAAUUAUAUUCAACCUCAUUAUCAUCCCCAUCAAGUUCCACGAUACCUUCUUCUUCUUCUUCUAAGUUAUUGACAGCUCACACGGAUCUUAAUGAUCCAGUCCAUCAUCAACAACAACAACACCAAGCUUUUGGCCCAUUCAUCUGGAUCUUCUUCGGCCUGUUGCCUUUCUGGAUCUUGCGUUUCUUGACCGAUCUGAUCGCUACUUGUGUUGAUACUUUGUUUCUUUGUUGGAAUAUCGACCUCGAUAUCGGCACCAAUCAUUCUAAUCUAACGCGUCAAGCUUUCAUUGGCAAAUUGGAUGAUUGAUAGAAAUAUGUUCAAAACUCAAAACUCAAAUUUAAGCCAUCAAUCAAUCAAUCCUUGUCUUUAUAAACUUGUCUUUUUCCUUUCUUUAUCCCUGCAUGAUUGUUGUUUUGUAUUUUUUUGUUGUAUUUUUUUCAUCUAGGGAUUCCAAGAGGUGUGGUAUAGAUAUAUAUAUAUACAUAUAAGAGGAGGACAAGAGUAUAUAAAUGUAAACAAAGCAAAGCAAACAAAUGUAACCCAUGAUUUAGAAUCCUUCAAAUUGUAAUUGUAUCAACCCUCUUCUCUUUUGUUGAUGUUUUGUUUUUUGUGGUGACAGGAGGAUGCAUGUCCAGUGUCCCGAUCUGCCAACAAGGGCAGG